AUUUAACCCUCGUGGCUUCCUCUCCUCCUUUCCAGCACCUCCACUGACCUCGCCGAGUUCCUCCUUCCCCUAUGCCGGCACCAACAAGCAUUAGGCUCUUGGCGUAUUAGCGGGCGGAGCAGUUUCUGAGCCCUUUGCCCGUUGGAGCAGCUAUAUAUAUAAGUCCGAGGGCUCGGAGCGCAAGAGACCUUUUGGAGAGAAAGUUGCGCCAGAGGUCAGAGAAAGACACAGAAACAGCUGAGGUCACAGCCACAUUGGGUGAGCGUGCACCAUGAGCAACAAAUACGACGUGAUCGUGGUGGGCGGAGGAAUCUCAGGUAUGGCAGCAGCUAAGUUACUUCAUGAUUCUGGACAGAGUGUUGUAGUGCUGGAGGCUCGAGAUCGAGUGGGUGGAAGAACUUUUACUGUAAGAAAUAAACAUGUUAAAUAUGUAGAUCUCGGAGGAUCCUAUGUUGGACCAACCCAGAAUCGUAUAUUGAGAUUAGCUAAAGAGCUGGGAUUAGAGACCUAUAAAGUGAAUGAAGUGCAGCGUCUUAUCCAUCAUGUCAAGGGCAAAAGUUAUCCCUUCAAAGGUCCAUUUCCUCCUGUAUAUAACCCUAUUGCAAUGUUGGAUCAUAAUAACCUAUGGAGAACAAUUGAUAACAUGGGUAAACAGAUUCCAAGUGAUGCUCCCUGGAAAGCACCUCUCGCAGAAGAAUGGGAUUUUAUGACAAUGAAGGAGCUAUUGGACAAGAUCUGCUGGACUGAUUCUGCAAAACAGCUUGCCAUUCUCUUUGUGAAUCUCUGUGUCACUGCUGAGACACAUGAAAUCUCUGCCCUCUGGUUCCUGUGGUACGUGAAGCAAUGUGGGGGCACAACAAGAAUCAUUUCAACAACCAAUGGAGGACAGGAAAGGAAGUUUAUUGGAGGUUCUGGUCAAGUAAGUGAGAAGAUAAUGGAACUUCUUGGAGACCGAGUAAAGCUGGAAAGGCCAGUAAAUCGUAUUGAUCAGUCAGGUGAUAAUGUUAUGGUGGAGACACUGAACCAUGAAAUAUAUGAGGCCAAAUAUGUCAUUAGUGCUAUUCCUCCAACAUUGGGUAUGAAGAUUCAUUUUAACCCACCCUUACCAAUGAUGAGAAACCAACUGAUUAGUCGUGUUCCUUUGGGUUCAGUCAUCAAAUGUAUCGUAUAUUACCAAGAACCUUUUUGGAGGAAAAAGGAUUACUGUGGAACCAUGAUCAUUGAAGGAGAAGAAGCUCCAAUUGCCUACACUUUAGAUGACAGCAAACCUGAUGGUAGUUACGCUGCCAUAAUAGGAUUUAUUCUUGCCCACAAAGCAAGAAAACUGGCACGUCUUACCAAAGAAGAAAGGAAGAAGAAACUCUGUGAACUCUAUGCAAAAGUUUUGGGAUCAAAAGAAGCCCUCAAUCCAGUGCAUUAUGAAGAGAAGAACUGGUGUGAGGAGCAAUACUCGGGAGGCUGCUAUACAACUUAUUUUCCCCCAGGGAUAUUAACUCAGUAUGGAAGGGUUCUUCGCCAGCCAGUUGGCAAGAUUUAUUUUGCCGGAACAGAGACUGCUACACACUGGAGUGGAUAUAUGGAAGGAGCUGUGGAGGCAGGAGAGAGGGCAGCUAGAGAGGUACUACAUGCUAUGGGGAAGAUUCCAGAGGAUGAAAUCUGGAAAUCAGAACCAGAAUCUGUGGAUGUGCCAGCCCGGCCAAUCACCACCACCUUCUUGGAGAAGAACUUGCCUUCUGUGCCAGGACUUCUGAGGCUGAUUGGAUUAUCUACAAUCCUCAGUUCAGCUUCUGCUCUUAUCUUUGCCUAUAAAAGGGGGCUCCUCCUGAGAAACUGAAGAGGCCUCCAGACAAUGUUGCAGACUUCCUUUUUAGGGGAAUUUAAAGCACUUAGACUCCCAGUGACAGAAUGUGAAAUACUGGGGUGGUUUUUGUUUUACUUUUUCAAUUACAAUCAUUGGAUGUCUGUGCUAUCAAGUCUCCUACCUGGCUUUCAACUCUAUCUCAUCAAUUUCCUUUCUUGCUUGCUAAUAUCAGACUUUAGUCAAAAAAAUCCACUCGCCAUGCCCUGCUUCUCACUACCUUUGUGACUGUUUUGUUUUUCUUAACUAAGGUCUCCUUCCUUCUCCCACCUUCCCUCACAGACCCAUAGAGUGGAAAGGAACAUUAGACUUCAUCAAGUCAGUUUCUUUAUUGCUCAGAUGAAGAAAUUGAAGCCCAAAGGGUGAAGGAACCUGCUUACCAGGUCACAAAGUUCCUUACUUGGUGGUACAGUCACAAAUCUCUCCUUAUUCCUACAUUCAGUCCUCAUUCCACGAUGCCUCUGACCCAAAACCCUGUCCAAGGAAGUACUCAGUAAAUAAAGCCACCUCACUAGUGUGCUCUUUUACAUGUUUCCUGUACUGUGUACUGUGUACUGUGUACUGUGUACUGUGUACUGGGUUCAUUCACAUUACUUAUAUGUUCUUCUCUAUAUGCACUGCCAUAUUUGCUCCUUGUCCUCUCCAGCCUGAGAUUGGCUACACUGCUUUCUACUUCUUCCAUAUUAUGAAAUGACUAUGUGCAGUAAUCACUGCUUAUUGACCAUUCAAUAAAAAGUGUUCAUUGAAUCCA